AGUUGUUUACAAAUCAGUUGCUACAGUGGAGAAAGAGACGAGAACUGCGACGACACUUUUCUUCAAAUAGAUGCACAAAGCGAACAUCGGCUAGUAAUGUCUGGAGGGAGGAUGCCAAACUGUCCUGCCUCUGCGUCCGAGGGCUUCAGUUCUACCCCUGUCAAGGCCGGCCGGGGGCAAGACUUCCACACACCCAGGGGCUUGGACGACUGCAACUUAUCCGACGACGAAGACACAUUUUCUCUGCUUUCUCCCAUUUAUCAUGACAGUUUUGAUAGUGAUGAGGAAGAUGAAGAACCCAGCCCAGCUGCGCGGACCUCGCCCACACCAAGGGACAACUCCGGACUUAGCUUUUCACCAGUCAGAUGUGAGCUACCAAAAACACCUUUAGAGCAAAGGUUCAGUGCAGCCAUGCAGCCUGCAACUUCACCUAAUUUGAGUGCCUGGGAAAUGUGGCUAGUGAACAAAGCCAAAGAAGACCGUCUCAAAUUGGAAAAGAAAGCAGAAGAGGACCGCUUAUUCAAGGAAAAGAAACAACAACAGGAAAGGGAGCAGGAAAAGAAAAGGAUUGUCAUGGAGGAGAGGAUCCAAGAAUGGCUAAAGACGAAAAGAGAACAGGAGAAGCACGAGCAGCUUGUAAAACAGAGCAAAGAGGAGGAGGAAAUACAGAGACAGUUGGAAAAACGGAGGGAGAUUGAACAGAAAGCUCAGCAAAAAUACAAAGAUUGGCUGCAGAAGAAGAACCAAGAAAAAACAGAAAAAGAAAAGAAGGAGAAAUUGGAAGCUGCCCUGAGGGAGGAGCAGGAGAAGGAGCGCCGCAAGAGGGCAGAGGAGAAGUUUAAGGAAUGGCUGGUAAAAGCCAAUGAAAAAAGCAGAGCGAGUCCCAGAUCACCUUGCUACCCAAGAAGCCCCUACGACAAAUCCUACCCAUCACCCAGCUUCUACAAUCCGAUCCCAUGGAAGCCAAUUCACGUCCCUCCUCCCGAAACAUCAGUGAAUAAGACGUCUGACAAGAAACCUCAGAAACAGAGGAAGAACCAGCAAACCCCCAGCACUGCUUUUAGGCUCCAAAACACUGUGAGUGCUGCACAUUUGCUGCAGAGGAGAUGACACAGCAGACCAAUGUCUGUGACUGUGAUUCUGCAGCUUAGUUACAGCUCAAAUAUGAUUUCAUCACGACUCAUCCACACCACCACAGCUCCUGAACAGACGCUCUGCUGAGUCACAGAAGUAUUUAUGUGCUCUAAUAUAGCUGUCAUAAUUAAGACAGACUCCUACAUGUAUGUCAAAAUUUUCAUUGUUGUAUUUGAUUUAUACACUGGAGCAUUUUGUAAUGAUGCACUGGCUCCGGUUUAAUGUCUGAAUGUUCAGGUUUUAGUAUGUUUACAUGGUUUUUACAAAAUAUGUUUAUAAUUUGUUCUGAUACUUUAAUUAGCUUCCAUAUUUUAAGAUGGUCUGGCAUCAUUUUUGGAUUGGCUACACACGCAUCUAAAAGCCUGGAUUGUUUUUUUGGUUUUUUGUAUCAUGUAAACUGAAUCAGUUUGUUACUAUGAUAAAUAGAGUAUAAACAUCU